UGCAUGCACAACACUCUCACAAUUCAUUCACAGCCCACAAACUCAUCUCAGUUGAGUAAUUCCUGUAGCGAUCGAAUAUGGGUUCUUGGAGGUCAAUGAGUUGUGUUCUGGUUGUGAUGGUGCUCCUCUUGGGGAGCACUGUGAAUGCUCAACUUUCUGCCAACUUUUACUCCAGAUCUUGCCCUCACCUCCCCAACAUUGUCAACAACGCUGUGCAUUCCGCCAUUGCCAAGGAAGCACGUAUGGGUGCCUCCCUCCUUCGCUUGUUCUUCCAUGACUGCUUCGUCAAUGGAUGUGAUGGCUCGGUUCUGCUGGAUGACACCUCCAAGUUCAAGGGAGAGAAGGGCGCGGUGCCCAACAAGAACUCAGCUCGUGGCUUCGAAGUGAUCGACGCCAUCAAGUCGGAGGUUGAGAAAGCCUGCCCCGGCGUCGUCUCCUGCGCCGACAUCCUCGCCGCCGCUGCCAGAGACUCCGUUCACCUUCUUGGAGGGCCUUACUGGGACGUGAAGCUCGGAAGAAGAGAUGCAAGAACCGCCAGCCUCUCUGCUGCAAACAAUGGAAUCCCAGCUCCCACAUCUAACCUUAACCAGCUCAUCUCCAGAUUCUCCUCCCUCGGCCUCUCCACCAAGGACUUGGUCGCUCUCUCUGGUGGGCACACGAUUGGACAAGCGAGGUGCACCAAUUUCAGAGCGCACAUAUACAACGAGAGCAACAUAGAAGAGGUGUUCGCUCGCUCGAGGCAAUCCAACUGCCCAAGGGCUUCGGGUUCUGGGGACAACAAUCUGGCGCCGCUUGAUUUACAGAGUCCCACGUCCUUCGACAACAGCUACUUCAAGAACCUGAUUCAGAAGAAAGGGCUUCUUCACUCUGAUCAGGUACUCUUCAAUGGCGGAUCCACCGACUCCAUCGUGCGAGGCUACACCGCCAACCCCAAAUCUUUCUCUGACGACUUCGUUCAAGCCAUGAUCAAGAUGGGCGAUAUUUCUCCCCUCACUGGCUCUCAGGGCGAGGUCAGGAAAAACUGCAGGAGGGUCAACUAAUUAAUUACUUUCCUCUUUAUGCCUUGAUCCAUUUGCCAUCUAAUAAUCGAGUUGUUUUGCGCUAUCCUUCAUUUCUUUGUUCAUUUUAUUUGACUUAAGUGUGCUUAUUUUAAGAUGUAAGCGUCCUUCAUUUUGAUUUUACAAUACGUCAUAUGUUCUCUCUUAAUUUUCCUGAUAUUGCGUUCGUGUGUUUUUCCCUUCUUAAUUAACUGUAAUUUGAAAGAGACAGUUACUUUACCCUCUA